CAAACAACACGACACUUUGCGCAUUCGUGAAUUUAACGUCUUCAUUAUUAGUCGAUUUAUUCAGCAAUUUUUUUUUUCACAUCUUUAGUUUUAGUUUUGAAACUGUAGAUUGAUAAAAAAAAACAGCAAACGCUCUAGUUUAUAUUCAAAAAUCAAACAAAUUAUUAGAUUUGAAAUUGUUUGCAACGAUAGAAAACAGGAUAUGAAAUAACUUCCGUGAAAAUUUAAUUGUGAUUUUAAUAAAAUGAAAUUUUUCUCUAAAAUUGGAUUGGUUUUUAUGUGCUUUGUGUCUACGCUUCAUGCUAGUAAUUCGGUGGAUUUGACAAAAUGUGUCCGUGAUAUUGGAAAUUGUGAAAGAUUCUCUUUUCGUCGCAUCCAACAAAAUGUAACAAGUGUGAAUAAUUCAUCGGAUUCAAAGCACGCGAAAUCUGAAGCGCUGAAAGAUCUUGGCAAUAUUGAGAAUAAAAUUGUUGUGGAGCAAUCACACAUUCAGGAAAAUGUUUAUUUAGAAAACAUAGGCAGCAAAUUGUUGCGACUUACUCCUGCAUUCAAUCCGUCACGUAGCGAGAAUACGUCAACUGCAUGUAAAAUUCACACCAGACAAUUUUUUAAUGCACUCAACCGUCUUGAUUUGUGGGCAUUCCAAAUGCACGAUGCGUCGGCCAAAAUCCCGUCGGGCAUUUUAAGUGGAAACAUCAAUCAAUUGGGCGAUUUCGAUCAGUGUUUAAAUGUGAUGGCACCAAACAAUGAAUUCAGCGGAAAAUAUUGUUUGGCAUACGUUCAAAUAUCCGUGCCCGACUAUUUACCGAACAUGAAAAAACUUCGCAAAUUGGUACAUGCACACGAUGCAUUCGUGAAUGACUUCGAUGAUGUCUAAUGUGGAUGUUUUUAAUUUGCCAAGUGAGCUGUG